AGCAUUAUUAUUAGUAGUGACUGGUGUGUACCGAAACGGAUUGCAAUUGCGGAGUGCUAUCGUAUACAAUACCCUGCCCAACUCUCUCAUCCAUCCGCAAACUGUAUUGAUAAGGAUAGCCUCAGGUAUCUCCAUAUUGUGAAUCGGUGUGACUUAUGCAAGGGUGGUUUGGAGACAAUAUCACACCUUUUUUUCCUUUGCCCCUUUACUUGUAAGGUAUGGCAGCAUAUCCGGAACUGGAUGGGACUACGGCAUGAGAUGACGACAAUGCUUAGCGCAGUCAAAUGGAUCACAAAGACGCACAAAGGUUCGAAGUUGAAGGCUAAGGCAGCUCGAAUUGCGUUUUGUGCGACUGUCUACUACAUUUGGCAUGCACGAAAUGUAAUCAGAUUUGAUGAUGGCAAGAAGACCGAAGAAGAUAUUAUAAUGAAAAUCAAACAUGUGGUGUACAGGAUCCUUUUCAGUAUCUACCCGCAUGAGUUGGUCUAUUUUUA